CUAUUAUUUUCCUUUGAGUUAGACUGUAACCUGAUGUAUUAUCAAUCCUGAUGUUACACACUCUGGUACAGUAGGGGGCGGUAUAACCUAAUAACGUUGGUUGCGAUCCGCCAAUAAUCCCGAAGAAGAAGAAGAAGGAGGAGGAGUGGCUGCAGUGGAGGUCACGUGGUUCCGGGCUGCGAACUUUUAGAUUGAAGAUCUGCAGGAUCAGUACAAACCAAGCAGAACCAGGACUCUGAGAUGGACCGGGAUCAGAACCAGGACUCGGAGAUGGACCGGGAUCAGAACCAGGACUCGGAGAUGGACCGGGGUCAGAACCAGGAUCAGAACCAGGAUCAGAACCAGGAUCAGAACCAGGACUCGUCCAGCAUCAGGACCAGAGCAGGAUCUUCCUCUGCUGGUCUGCAGAAACAUAAAGGCAAAGGGAGACUCACAAGUUAUCGCUGUGAUCACUGCAAGAAAGUCCUCGCCACUUCAUUAGGUCUGAGAAAACAUAAGAUGAUUCACACUGGAGAUAAACCGUUCAAAUGUGAUCAGUGUGAGGCAGCUUUUACCACAUCAGGUAAUCUAUUGACUCACCAACGUAUUCACACUGGAGAUAAACCGUUCAAAUGUGAUCAGUGUGGGGCAGCUUUUACCACAUCAGGUAAUCUAAUGACUCACCAACGUAUUCACACUGGACAUAAACCGUUCAAAUGUGAUCAGUGUGGGGCAGCUUUUACCAUAUCAAGUAGUCUAAGCACUCACCAACGUACUCACACUGGACAUAAACCGUUCAGAUGUGAUCAGUGUGGAGCAGCUUUUACCACAUCAAGUAAUUUAGUGACUCACCAACGUAUUCACACUGGAGAUAAACCGUUCAAAUGUGAUCAGUGUGGGGCAGCUUUUACCAUAUCAAGUAGUCUAAGCACUCACCAACGUACUCACACUGGACAUAAACCGUUCAGAUGUGAUCAGUGUGGAGCAGCUUUUACCACAUCAAGUAAUUUAGUGACUCACCAACGUAUUCACACUGGAGAUAAACCGUUCAAAUGUGAUCAGUGUGGAGCAGCUUUUACCACAUCAGGUGGUCUAAGCACUCACCAACGUAAUCACACUGGAGAUAAACCGUUCAGAUGUGAUCAAUGUGGAGCAGCUUUUACCACAUCAGGUAAUCUAACGAAUCACCAACGUAUUCACUCUGGACAUAAACCUUUCAGAUGUGAUCAGUGUGAUGCAGCUUUUAUCACAUUAAGUAACCUAAAGAGACACCAACGUACUCACACGAGUGAUAAACUCUAAAGAUGUGAUCAGUAUGAAGUGGGGAAUUGCAAAAAACACCUCAGCACAAAAAGCUAAAUAAUCAGACAACAUCACACCGAAACUCGAAAGACCAACAUAUGAUGCCCCCUGGACACCCCCUGGGAAGGUUCCUGGCAUGUCCCACCAGGAGAAGAUCCAGGACACACCGGAGGGAAUCUCUUUUGGCUGACCUGGGAACGUUUCAGGAUCCCUCCAGAAGAGCUGGAGGAAAUGUGUGCAGUCUGGGCAUCUCUGCUCAGACUGCUGCCCCCGCUAACCAGUCCCACAUCAAGUGGAUGAAAAUGGAUGGAUGGACAAAAGCCAUAUAUCUACAAAAAGGACAAAUUUAUUGUUACACCAUACUGAGAUACAGAAUGUAUUCUAGCUAUUGCAUUAAAUAUUCCACAAAUACUGCAUUAGCGCAUCUCUAACAUCUGUGUUCCUCCUCUCCACCCCGAGCCACUGCCACCACUGGCUGAAGUGGUGCUGCUGCAGGAACAUCCUAUGAUGUUUCAUAAGUCUUUCCAUGACUUUCACACAAAUUAUGCAGUGGACAGGAAAUCAUCACCAUUAAUUUCACCAGUCGGACAUCACAGAAGGCAACCUGCUGAAUUCAUCUUCCACAACCACUCGUGCUCAGUUGACUUUGUGCUUAAACGCAGGCUGUUCUGCUGUCAGUCUUCCAGGGUCAUGGAAUGGUUUCAAGAGCCAGUCCUGCAAAGGAUGAGUAGAGUCUCCAAGAAUGAAAUACCCAGCAGUCACUGUAUAUUCCUGAUGUGAGCAAGGAAGAUGUUUCUCCGACUGGCUAACUCCUGUGUAUAUGUGUGUAUGUAUUAUAUAUGUAAUCAACCGUUUGUCCAUGAGAGCUGAACUUUCAGGAUCGAUUCCUCGAAUGCUUUGCUAAAUUUCCCCCUAGUAACAUUUCUUGAUAUUUUGAUGUUAAAUCCACUGUUUUUGGCAAUUUCUGUACAUUUAAUAAAUUUCAGUACCUUUUUACCUGAAGUUUCCAUUAACACCAAACUUGGCACAAUGAAUUGUUUGAAUUGUACUUGUCAAGCCUACCAGGUUUGAGGAAGAUUAGUCAAAAAACUUAAUCGUACAGGAAUAUAUCAUUCCUAAAGGGGAGUUUUUCCUUGCCACUGUUUGGCUUAAGGCUUUUCUCCCACUAUGGGAGUUUUUACCUGCCAUUGUUUAUGUAAUAAUUGCUCGGGGGUUUAUGUUUAUGUUCAUGUUCUGGAUCUCUGGAAAGCGUCUAGAGACAACAUCUGUUGUAUUAGACGCUAUAUAAAUAAAAUUGAAUUGAAUCAUG